CUUUACGUGUUUCUAUUCCCAGCUGUUUCUAAUAAAUUUUCGAUAUGGAAAAUAAAGAGAAUAAACGUAUAACAAGUUAUAUAGAAAAAGAUGUUAUAAUUUUUGAGUGCACUGCAUCGAGUGAUGAUUUUCAGGAGAAUAGUGAAUUGCGAGAACGUCCAGAUUGCACUACAAAUACAGAGGCAGUUUUAAAAGAUAAUAUAUCACAUGAUAUUAAUCUUGAUGUUCCUGAUACUUCCAAGCUGCAACCAAUCCCAUCCGAAGCUGAAACAAAUGUGACUAUUCCUGAGGCUACACCAACACCCAGCAAAAAAAGAAAAUUUAUUUUGGCCGGAAACACGUCUGAAAAAAAAGAAACGCAUUUAAAUACACUGACAAAUCGUUUAGUUAACCGGAAAAAUUUUAAAGAUGAAACCGACGCCAAAGUAUUCAACAAAAAAAAAUAAAUAUUUUAAAUUUAGAAGAAAUAAUAAAAAUAAAAAUACAAAUU